CUGCGUCUGCUGAGAACUGGCGCCCGUGCCCGGGGUCUCCAUCCUCUGGGUCCCCGCCCGCUGUCCCUUCCUCUCUCUUGAACCGCCGUCGCAAGGAAAAGAAAAACGACAAGAGUUGCUCUCGGGAAGGGUGAGUUAACAGUAUUUGAAAGACAAUAUUUUCACCAUGAAUGCUGAUAAAGAUGAGAACCAAAGGUCCAGAAAUCAUGAUCUUCACUUUUUUCAUGCCUGGACUAUGCUAAUCAUGACGGUGCUGUUUCUUCCUGUCACUGAAACAUCAAAACAAAAUAUUCCACGGCUCAAGCUAUCCUACAAAGACUUGCUGCUUUCAAACACCUGCAUCCCCUUUUUGGGUUCAUCCGAAGGACUGGAUUUCCAGACUCUUCUUUUGGAUGAGGAGAGGGGCAUGUUGCUUCUAGGAGCCAAAGACCAUGUAUUCCUGCUCAGUCUGGUCGACUUGAACAAAAACUUUAAGAAGAUUUAUUGGCCUGCUGCAAAGGAACGGGUGGAACUAUGUAAAUUAGCUGGGAAAGAUGCCAAUACAGAAUGUGCAAAUUUCAUCCGAGUACUUCAACCCUACAAUAAGACUCAUGUUUACGUGUGUGGAACUGGAGCGUUUCAUCCACUGUGUGGAUAUAUUGAUCUUGGAUCCAACAAGGAGGAACUCAUAUUUAAACUAGACAUGCAUAACUUGGAGUCUGGCAGACUGAAAUGUCCCUUUGAUCCUCAGCAGCCUUUUGCUUCUGUAAUGACAGAUGAGUACCUCUACUCUGGAACAGCUUCUGAUUUCCUUGGCAAAGACACUGCGUUCACAAGGUCCCUUGGGCUGACACAGGACCACCAUUACAUUAGAACUGACAUUUCAGAGCAUUACUGGCUCAAUGGAGCAAAAUUUAUUGGAACAUUCCCCAUUCCAGACACCUAUAAUCCAGAUGAUGAUAAAAUCUAUUUCUUCUUUCGGGAAUCAUCUCAGGAAGGCACUACUUCUGACAGAAGCAUUCUUUCAAGAGUUGGACGAGUUUGUAAAAAUGAUGUAGGUGGGCAACGAAGUCUAAUAAACAAAUGGACUACUUUUCUUAAGGCGAGACUGGUUUGCUCAAUUCCUGGAAGCGAUGGUGCAGAUACUCAUUUUGAUGAACUUCAAGACAUUUAUUUGCUCCCUACGAGAGAUGAAAGAAAUCCUGUAGUAUAUGGAGUUUUUACCACAACCAGCUCCAUCUUCAAAGGCUCUGCUGUCUGUGUGUACAGCAUGGCCGAUAUCAGAGCAGUUUUUAAUGGUCCCUACGCUCAUAAGGAAAGCGCAGACCAUCGCUGGGUGCAGUAUGAUGGGAGGAUACCUUAUCCCCGGCCUGGAACGUGUCCAAGCAAAACCUACGACCCGCUAAUCAAGUCCACCCGAGACUUUCCAGAUGAUGUCAUCAGUUUCAUAAGGCGGCACCCCGUGAUGUAUAAGUCGGUGUACCCGGUGGCGGGGGCACCAACCUUCAAGAGAAUCAACGUGGACUACAGGCUGACGCAGAUCGUGGUGGAUCACGUAGUCGCUGAGGACGGACAGUAUGAUGUCAUGUUUCUUGGGACAGACGUUGGAACAGUCCUCAAAGUUGUCAGCAUUUCCAAGGAGAAGUGGAAUACGGAAGAGGUGGUACUGGAGGAGCUUCAGGUGUUCAAGCACCCGACAGCCAUCUUGAACAUGGAAUUAUCACUGAAGCAGCAGCAGUUGUACAUUGGUUCCUGGGAUGGAUUGGUUCAGCUCUCCUUGCACAGAUGCGACACUUACGGGAAAGCCUGUGCUGAUUGCUGUCUGGCCAGAGACCCCUACUGUGCUUGGGAUGGAAAUGCUUGCUCCAGAUAUGCACCUACUUCCAAAAGGCGAGCCAGACGCCAGGAUGUGAAGUAUGGGGACCCAAUCACUCAGUGCUGGGACAUCGAAGACAGCAUUAGUCAUGAAACAGCUGAUGAAAAGGUGAUUUUCGGAAUUGAAUUUAAUUCAACCUUUUUGGAAUGUAUACCUAAAUCCCAACAAGCCUCUGUUGAAUGGUACAUCCAGCGGUCAGGAGAGGAGCAUCGGGAGGAGUUGAAACCCGAUGAAAGGAUCAUCAAAACGGACUAUGGGCUACUGAUUCGAAGUCUGCAGAAGAAGGACUCUGGGAUGUAUUACUGCAAAGCACAGGAGCACACUUUCAUCCACACCGUAGUAAAGCUGACUCUGAAUGUCAUUGAGAACGAACAGAUGGAAAAUACCCAGAGGGCAGAGCACCAGGAGGGGCAGGUCAAGGAUCUAUUGGCUGAGUCACGGUUGAGAUACAAAGACUACAUCCAAAUCCUUAGCAGCCCAAACUUCAGCCUGGACCAGUACUGCGAACAGAUGUGGUACAGGGAGAAGCGAAGGCAGCGCAACAAGGGCGGCCCAAAGUGGAAGCACAUGCAGGAAAUGAAGAAGAAGCGGAAUCGACGACAUCACAGAGACCUGGAUGAGCUUCACAGAGCCAUGGCUACAUAGUUUUCUAUUUAAUUUAAAGAGAGAAUUAUUUACCUGUUUGCAAAACACUGUCUUCUGUUUUAUACACCCCUCAUACUAAUUCAUACACGUUUCCCAUGGAGCCUCUCUAAGACACAGAAUGAUAUGCUGAAAAAAACGGUCUAUGGUAAAUAUGACAUCAUCUGAACCAGCUUUCUGAGAAUGAAACCUCUAUCAGUAAAGUCAAGAAUUGUCCUAAAAAUAGGGGCCUUACAUUUGUAAACGUUUUAUGUUUCGAAUUUAAUGUCAUGGAAACAAGCAAGCCAAACAAACACCCGAUCCACUGAAUAGGGCGAUUUAUUCCCAAGCAUACCCAGUAAGCAUGGAAUUUACCAUGCAGUUGUCUAAGUUUUUAUAAAUAGUUAAAAUCAUUCCAUUCUAGAACGGGUGAUCAUGUAGGAGUUGGAGGAAACAUACAAAGUAAAACAGCUUAUGUUAUUAACAUGAACUUUCUCAAGGAACCGUCAACCCACACUUGGAGUCCGGUAUGGGAAUCUAGAAAGGUGUGUUUCCCUUUCAAGGUGACAAGCUACAUCUAGGGUACUGCCACAGUGAUUUGUGAGAGGGUAUUAACAAUCCUAAUGAGGUUUCCUUGUGAUUGGUCAAGAGAAACGGGUUCACAGACAGAACCUGACAGACAGAACCUCAAUGGUGUGUUCUAGAAUAUAUGCUAAGUGUUAUAGGGCCAGAGUGCACAGUUCCUGUUUUAAUAACAUGGGGAAAAUAUCUUAAUAUAGUAAGAGUGACAUGAUGUACACUCUAUCCUAAUGUGUAGAUGGGAGGUGUUAGGAGACAGACAGAAGGACAGCCAUAAAUUCUGGCUCUGAGAAAAACUUGUAGUGCCACGAAAAAGAAAAUGCAAAAUAGACAGAAUGUAAUGGAAUUAUUUCCACUGGAGUAUAUGUAUCUGCCAAUUUGUAAUGUUUCAGUUAUAAAAUUUAGAUUAUAACAAACUGUUAGUAAAAACUCAAGUGAAAGUAAAAUUUGUAAAAAAUGUAUGGGAUGGCAAUAUUUUAUUUAUAAUCAAUGUAUUUCUGUGUUCUCUUUUUUCUAAGUAUUUAUCAUAUUCUGUAUAUUCUUUGCAUUUACAUUCUUGAUUAUAGUUGAGCAAAUAGGAGAAAGCAAUAUGUAAUACAUAGAGAUAAUUAAGUAGAUGGGAAUGGGGCUAUAUAUUUGUUGAAUGAAUGGAUCAGUGCAAGUUUUUGAUGACGGGAAGGGUUAAGUUAAUCCUUUGACAUCAUUUUCUUUACAUAAACUUUCAGGCAGCUUUGUUUCAGCAGCUUCACAAGUAAGUCUGCCACACGUAAAGAAAACAGACUCACAGCAUUAACAUAAAUACGAUUUGCAUUUUGUUAGCAUGUUUCAAAUUCAACUUUCCCUCUGACCAGUGCUUUUCCUGCCAGUCUUCACGGAAAUCACCUUUCCUUCCUAUAGCCCAAAGCCCUUAGCCUUCCUCUGUUUAGCCUUUUCACGCCCUUUAUAGUGUGAAAUGAACAAUUAGUCACUUCCUCACAAAGAAUGCAGCUUUUUAGAAAACCAACCAGACCUUGCUUGUUUCUCAUGCAUUCUACAUGUUUUGAAAGAAGUCUGUGAGAAGCCUGUGUGAUUAAAGACUAGUGUUGCAGACCCAAACAAUCUCUUUGUUCAAAGUAGCAUCAGUAUUUUACAUUCAUUUAAUUUGCAUUGGGCAUCUAUUUCAAAGGCAUAACAUUGAUCUGUGAGGGUCUAGUAUAAUAAUAAAUAUUUGUGGAUGCUUCAUUCUAAGAAAAAGAAAACGUGAAUGAACAGUUGUAAAAGUAAGCCAGAAUGAAUUGCAUCUCCAGAAGAAAUGCAUACAAACACUUGUGUCGUGAUUAGACUACUAAGCAAGUAUCGCACAAGGUGGUUACCAUUGGUUUACUGUGGAUCCUACAAACUCACAGCAAACUGAUCAGGGGGAGCAUGCUCCAUUUAAAAGGUACUUUCAGAUAGUUGUCUAUCAGAGAGCAAUACUCAAAUGUGGAUGGCGUAAGGUUCUAAUAUUUGUGUUGACAUCUCAAAAUUAGUUUUAUCUAGAUAAGAAUGCCCAUUCUCUUUUCUAAUUGCUUAUGUAAUUAGAAAUGUUAGUUUAUUUAAAAAUCUGUAAAUCUAUUUUCCACACUAGGUUUAAAAUUUUGUCUGCUUUGGAUACAAAACUACCAACGAUGAUCAACAUGUAUUAUCAAAAAUAUUAGUAAAAUAAGAUUACAUAAUAAAGGUGGGGGCUCAGGUUUAUGUGUAUCUUUAUAAAGAGACUACAUCUAAACCGCACUCAUUCUCUUCCAAAACACCUAGAAGAGUGUAAAUACUCUAAAUGGACAAAUCCAAUGUACACUCCUUACCACUGAGGAUGAACAAAAUCUAUACUGAAAUAAUGAAAAAACAGAAUUUUGCUCAAAGUUUUAAAUAAGCCAAGACACCAGAUUCCUCAGAAGAGAUUCUGAAAUACCUAGUUGUUCAUUUCUCUCUCUAUAUAUAUAUUUCUCAGUCUUCAAUAUACAUCUUUAACUUCCUUGUGUGCUUUUGCUGCAUUUUUAUUCCAGUCAUUUGUGCUGCUAAAUGGAAUUAUGUUCAUCUGAGUUCAUUUAAAUUUAAUUUAUUGGGAAUUUUAAGAGUUUGUUUAGAAAUGGAUGGUCUAAAUAAUCAGUUCACAUAAAAUCCUUUGUUUUACUUUCCCAAAGAGCUCAAAACCCUACAUGCAUAUGACUGACUAAACAUUUCAGAAGAAACAGUCAAAAUGCUUAACAAAAUUCAAAAUAGUCGUAGAAAACAAAACGAAACAAAAAUAGCACUUUUCAGAAGCCACAGCAAUUAACCAGGUAUCAUUUCUAAUCCCAACAUCUUUUGUUUAAAGUAAGAUUUAUUUACAGUAUGCUGGUCAUAACAUGAUCACACUUUUGGAUUUUUCUUUUAUAGACUUUGGUUCUUCAUAUAUACUAUUACAUGCUACUCCUGGUGAAUUGGUGGCCUCAGAUAAAAGAUAACAAGAGUGACUUCUUACUGGAUUAUAACCAAGAUUGAGGUCCUGGGAUAACUCAUCUCAUUUCAUUCACAGGAAAAAAUAAAAUUAUACAAUUUAAACAUUGCUUUUUUUUUUCUUAAAUAUAUAUCUAAGGUGUUUCUCACAUAUUUCACUAAGACACAUUAAAGUGAAAUUGGGAAUCCUUUCUCUUCUGAAUGCCAUGUUGUAGAAGUCAGUGUGUGUCAGUUGAAAAGACAUUUGUGGGAUGGAUAAGUUUUUUUUUUCAAUAGAAAAAUAUGUAUUUCUCAUAGCAGAUGAUCACAAUAUUACAAUUUAGAGAUUGUAUGUGAGGUUAAAAAAGCAUAAGAUUUAGAAUUCCCCAUUUCUGAAAAUUGAAAAUCGAAGUACAGAAGAAUGCACAGGAUUUUUUUUUAAUUUAACUCUUGCUUAAAUAUUUUGUAAUGUAAGAUAUUUAUUAAAAGUCUGGAGCAUAACUUUUUUAGAAAAAAAUACCUGUUGGAAGCCACAUUUAAUCUGUACUUGUAGGAUUGUCGGUGGUUAGGAAUCAAUUUUUAAUCUUUCUACUUUAAAAGAAAUGUAGUCUUGUAGUAUAACAUAAUUAAAUUUGUUAAAUGUAUAUUUUGUUUGUAUUAUAAUAAAACACAAUCAUUCGUUUUCUAUUAUUAUGAACAGUGUUGGUCUGUAUGAAAAUUUCCUUUUUAACACCAAAUAUGUCAAGCAGAUUUUAUAUAGUAAAUUGAAUUAAAUAAAAAAAGAUAUUCAUGAUGGUUA